AAAAAGAUAUUAUUUCUUUAGACGAAUUCAGAGCAAUCUGGUCAAAGGCUAGAGCCAUAAGCCAAGACGAUUUCGAGUUCGAACAUAUUUACACAGAAGACAAGGCUACUAAAAGUCUUAUUAUCUUUUGUCCAGGUGCAAACCCAGAACUAGUUUCUCUAGCAUUCUCCGCUGGAUUAGCAAAGUUCAUCUACCCUUCUCCUAAUUUACUUGAAAUAAGUAAUUUAUCUGAAGGAAUGAAGAAAGCCAUCAAGAAUUUUCGAAAGAAAAUUGCUGCUGCAAGAGAUGCAAACAUCUUCAUCAAGUGUACUUCUACACUCCCUGACUGGUACCAAGGAAAAACCUUUCCAAGCUACCACCAUUUAGAAAUUGGCAUAGCCAAAGCAAGAACGGUCAAUCCUUCAAGAGUGAUAAAAGAAGACUAUGAAGACUAUGAAAAAUGGUUACAUAUCAGGACCAAAGGAUUUUUACAAAUCCUAGAAAACCUACAGAAAAUUAAAGUAGGAAGCUUUAACAAAGUAAAUUAUUGCAGCACUAACUGCAUAAUUACUAGCUAUAGUGGAACUCCUCUACCACUACAUGAAAAAGAAGCUUUAGAAAGGAUGGAGCAACGCAUCAUCUUCAAUAAAGUAGAAGCAGGCCCAGCCACUAAAGAACAACUUUGUCAAAAGUUGCAACGCACCUUUGAGAACCAUCAGUGCGAAUACUGCAAAGCAUCUUCUUCAGAAGAAAACAAAAACCCCACUGAAAAAGACAGCUACUUUUCAGAUGAGGACACUCGAGAACUGGACCCAACACAUGGGUACAUCGAUUGAAAAAACGUCAUCCAUGACGAUUGAUUAAGGGCUAUAAUGGUCUUUUGUAAAAUUCACUUCUAUUAUAUAAAGAAGUUGAAUUCCUUUAGUUUAGACAUCGAAUCCAAUCCCCAUCCCCUUCUCUCGUAUCAUUUUCCUUUUCCAACUUUUCCUUUGUAAACUAGUAUGAGUGUUAGUGAGUAAUCUCCUUGCUAAAGGAGAAUAUUAUGUAAAUAUCAAGAAGUUCUUCCUUAGGGAAGAACAGUUACGAAUAAAUAUCAGUUUCCUUUUUA